GUUCUGUCUUCCGUCUGCAACUAAAGUCAUCAUGAGGCUCACCAACUCCUGGCAUCUCUGGCUGUACUCCCUGAUCAAUCUGUGUUUAAUUUCACAAGGCGCCUUCCUAGACAAUACCAAGCAAGACCCAGUACCCAAGGUUGAAGAGCUCGGUCAAGCUUUACAAUCUCCGAAAGGAACCAUACCGUCGCGGUCGGAUCUCCCAAGGAGCAGUCAAGUUGAUGCUAAAACUACUCAGCCAAAAGAGGAAAACCGGGAUCGAAGUUUCACUGAUGUCCAGAGGCCCUCAUCCGAUAACCCUAGCCAGCCGCGCAAACCAAUUCAAGGCCCUCGGGAUCAAAGCAGUUUUCUCGAAAAGUGGCCAAAUAGAAUCCAGAGAUUGAGAUCUCGUUUCAAAAAACUUAAAACGGAUUAUAGGAGGCUUGUCCGGUCCACCAAAGCUUUCCUCAACCUGUUCGAAAGGUACAACAAGGUAGCGAUCUUUUCGGAGAUAGAUUACUUGAAAGAGAUCUUUGGAGAAACCUACGAUUACUAUAAAACGCUCGAUAGAACAGAACAGAAUCGAUUUUGGGAGAUAUUCGAGGAAAUAGGAAAGUCUGAACAUGCCGGGCUUUCUCCACGGCUAGCCAAGACUUCUACCUUCGCAAGAAAUGCAAGACACGAGCUCGCCAAGGUCAAUCGGGACAGAGUUCGUACUUCCAAAAGGGUGGUGUUCCGGGCAAUGCAAAUCCUAGAAGAGAUUGAAAAAGGUCAAGAUGAAUAUGAUAAAGCGCUAGAGAGCUCGACGAAGUUGGUGGAAGAUUUUGUUCGGUCGUUCACGAACAAUGGAAAAGUCCCUCAUAUAUCCCAAAGAAUCAGAGAUUGGAAAAGAGAGCAUCCAUUGGGAAUACCACCAAUGGAAUAUCAAUACCAGUUGGUCUUCGCCGCCAUCUUUGGCCCGGGUGAUAUCACCAAGCCUCAAAAGAAUGAUUUUGCAGACUUUCGGAGAUUCGAAAAACUAUGGCAAGUCACCCACCAACAGAUGCACGCGAUAUGGGAGGUGUCCAGCGAGGCAAAGAGCAUGCUAGCUGAUCUGUAUACGGCCGAGGAGAAGAACGCUCAGCGCGGCUUGUGGCUCUGGAAGUAUCUGAGCCCAACCUCUGAAUACAAACAAGCAAUCCAGAAAUCGCGCGAACAACAGAAAGCUAUCCAUGAGAAAUUGUCCGCUGUCUUCGAAAGCAAGCAGGCAUUAGAGGAGAAAAUGGAAGCAAUAGCUGAAACACGGGCUCUUGAUGAAGAAUGGACUGAUAAACGCUUUUCAAGUGUCCACUAUGACUUACUACCGUUCAUUGAUCCUCUGCGUGCCACCCGAAGAUACGAAGACCAUCCGGACAUAACCCCACUACUUCGGCAUUUCGGGAUCCAUACCACUCCCAGAGCUAUCAAGAGAUUGAUGGAGUUGAGCGAGGCACUGAUUCCGCAUCUAAGGGUACAAUACAAGCAGCAGAUACUCGCGGGGGAUGUAAGAAGGGUCCUCGAGACUGGAUUGAACGGUGCAACCCAAUAUCGGAUCUCGAUUCUCCUGAAAAAAGUGGUCGAAAAGCUUCAAUCCACAACGCCCGAACCUCGACCGCUACACUCUAGAUUAUUCGACGCUGCAAAGGGUUAUAUUUUGAGAUUUAUCAACAGUUUCAGACCAAAGCGAGCAGCCUCAACAGCCCGACACUCUCCACUUUUUAAACGAAGCACAUAAAAGUGCAUACAUUCACGUGACCCAUGGACCAAACACACCUACAAGAUAAACUUGAACUCCCAAUUUGCGCCAAGGACAAUACUUGGACAAUUUUGCAGGUUUUUCACAGAUAAUAGUUCAA